UUUUAUAUCUCCUUGCGGAAAUCUCGAGUGUAUGUCCUAAGGCUCCCUGUCGGGUAUUAAGAAACUUCGAACCCAUAAAACCCCAUCAGCUAUAAAACUCCAAACCAGCGAUGGAAUCUGAUUCUGCUCGGAGCUCAGGUCUUUCUUGGAUUCUCAGUCCUCUGAUGAUGAGAUCCACCGCCCCUCGAAGGCGUCGUCUCUCCGUUCUGGGACUCCUCCUCUGCUGUACGAUUCUCACAUUCUACACUCUCUUACUCCUCAGCCUCACUGCCGUUGUGCCUUCGCCGGAGCUCAGUUUUCCAGGAACUUUGCUGGAGACCAGCCUUCCGGUGGCGUCUCCGGAGAUUCCGACUGAGGAUGUCCAGAGUGCGAACUCAACUUCUCCGACCAAAGGCUCGGCGGAAAUUCAGCGCCGCAAAAUGCAGAAGGAGCUUCCGUGCGCGACAGUGGAAGAAAUGGGGGAGGCGUUUGGGCACGUGUCUUGGAAGGAAAGCCUCAAAGUUAGGCGGUUGAUUCGAGAUCAUUUCGCUUUGCACGGAGCUUCUAGAGUCCGAGAACUCCCACCUGAGCAGUUUUGCAAACAAGGUUUUGUGAUUGGUAAAGCAUCACAGGCAGGUUUUGGGAAUGAAAUGUACAAGAUCUUAACCUCUGCGGCAUUGAGUAUUAUGUUAAACCGUUCACUCAUCAUCGGGCAAACCAGGGGCAAAUAUCCAUUUCAAAACUACAUUUCUUACACAGACCUUUCCUUUACUAUGAAUGAAGUGAAGCAUCUCUGGAGACGAAAUGACUGUGUUGGUAAGUAUGGAAGGCAUCUGGUUAUGAGGACAGAUGAUUUUGAGAAGCCUACAGAAACAAAUGUCCUUUGCAGUAAUUGGAGAAAAUGGAAACAGCCGAUCAUAUGGUUCAAAGGUACAACUGAUGCUGUGGCAGCUCAGUUUUUCUUGAAGAACAUACAUCCUCAGAUGAGGAAGGCUGCUUCUACAUUAUUUGGGAAACCAGGGUAUCUUCAAUCUAGGCCUAAUACAUUUGGGGAGCUGAUGAGAGCUAUCAUAUCUCCUUCAGAAAAUGUCCAAGAAGCUGUGAAUUGGACCCUUAGGGGAGGUCCGGAUCCUCAUAUUACAUUGCACAUGCGCAUGCUGAUGAACAAGUCUCCAAGAGCAGUAAAUUCAGCAUUAAGUUGCAUUCAGAAGACCCUGUUCAGUAAUCACCUAAAAGUGCCAAGGCCUCGUGUGGUUUUGGUCUCAGAUACACCUUCUCUUAUUAAAGACAUUACACCAAAACUGAAGGAAUUUUCUGAGGUUGUUCAUUUUGACUACAAUCUUUUCAGUGGAAAAAUUUCAAGGGGAAAAGUAAAUGAUCUGCGUCAGUCAGAGUUUAGGGUGAAAGAUUGGGGAUCAGCACCUAGGUGGGUUGCAUUUGUGGACUUCUUUCUUGCUUCACUGGCUAAACAUGCUGUUGUUUCAGGCGCCCAAAGGCGUGUUGGAACUACCUAUGCACAGCUAAUUGCAGCACUGGCAGCAGCUCACCAACUUGAAGAGAACGAUGCAACUGCAUCAAAAUUUUCGUUCUUCAGCAGUUUUCAAAGUAACUUGUUGAGGGAAGGCUUGCACCAUCAAGUUGGUUGGGGACAUGUAUGGAACAGAUUUGCAGGCCCCUUGAGUUGCCCCAGCCAACCCAAACAAUGUGCUCUGACACCACUUCUAGCUCCUGCUUGGUGGGAUGGGAAUUUGCAAUCGCCUAUUCCACGAGACAUCCGCAGAUUGGAGCAGUAUGGGGUCAAACUUUCCAGUUUUGGCAUAGUGGAUGAAAAGCGUCUCCAUUCUUUCUGCAAGUCUCGGAAGACUAUCGUUAAAACCAUUCAAGUUACUCAGCAAUGAAGCAGGUUGAAUUAUUCGUAACUAAUUAUGCCAUUCUUUCUCUAAGUCCCGGAAACUAUGGUUAGAACCUUUUAGAAAUUAGAACUGCUUCACUCUCAAACGAAGCAGACUGAGUUGUACUUAAAUAUUCGGAUAUCUGUAGGGUAUUAAUUUAUAGGGAUAAGUUCCAUUCUUUUUGUAAGUCUUGAAAAAAAACCAUUGUUAUAGGUAACUAAAAAAUGAAGCUGAAGUAGGUUUAGUUGUACUUAAACCUUUGGCUUUUUAUAACAAUGAGUUUCAAGUUCAAUUGUUCUA